GGUUUUUAUGACAGUGUCUUCCCUUGUGCUCACGUUUGACUUUUUUAAGCAGAGAGGAAGACAAAAGUUUUGUGUUUAUGAGAGUAUUGAGAUUAUCUUCAUGAAUCAAACGUCUGGUGAUCAGGACUGUGAUGUCACAGCCCGGCAGAAGAAGGUUCUUUAUUUCUCUAGUGGAGAGAUUCUGACAGAGAGUGAAGAAGAGGAGGAUGAGCAUGAGCUUCAUCAAACAUUCUGGGUUUCUGAGCAGGGCAACUGGUCAUUGAAGGAACAUUCUCGGUUUUGGGGGACGCGGGUUUUGAAGAUGUCACUGAGAAUUUGUGAUUUCUUUGGAGAGAAAACCGCUGCUUUACUGGGACUGAAUGCUGCUAAAUACCAGUAUGCCAUUGAUCAACAUCACAGACAUCAUCAGAAUAAAACAGGAGGAAAGAUUGUGUCCACGAGCGCCGGUGGUGUGGAGAGACGUCAUCUGUCUCAGACUGUGAGCAAACCGUAUGGAUCCACAAAUGACUUCAAAGACCAACAGAGACUAAAGGAGACACCGUCAGAGAGAUAAACUAAUGAAUGAUAAUAACACGAGAGCUGAACUGCUCCAAGAAAAUAUUUAUUCAAAUUUUGAUCACAAAUUUAAGAAUGUAUUUAUUACUAAAAAAAAACACAACACUGUUGAUGAAUGUAGAUUCAAUGGCCAUGGAAUAUUAUUCAAAUAUAGCCUUGUGAAAAUUGUUUUCUUGUGUGAGAAGAUAGAAUGAGACGAGUUUAAUAUUGAUAUGAUUGCUUAAUAUUUAAUACUGAUAAUUGUAUUAAAUAAAGAUGUUUAUUAUAGUAUAGGCCUAGGCCUAACUGUAGUUGUAUAGUUUUCCUGAAUUAACUGACUGCAGUCAUUUUUUAUUAAAUAUAGGAAGGUUAAAUGAACCUACAACUAUACAACUACAGUUAGGCUACUAUAAUAAACAUCUUCAUUUAAUAUUAUUAUCAGUAACUAUUAAGCAAUCAUGAAAGAGCAUGUAGAAUAUAAUGCAUCGUUGUUGUAUUUUUAGUCAAAUCUGUCAUCUUUCUUUUUACAUACAUUAAAUCAAACUGCAAGAAGACGAAGAACUUGAGUGGUCACGCGAUUCCCAAGUUUUUUUUUUCUCAGAACAAUCGCAGCUAUAAAUGUUUGCCUAAAAAUAUUUUUGCAAUUGUUCGUGUGACUGAAAACAACAGUUCAAAUGAAUGCAUUUAAAACGGAGUCAUUUCUAUUGAACAAAUGAUUUGAAUGCGACUAGACCGGGAUUGUCGUUUGGACAAAUUGUCAUUGGAAAACCGGUUUUCAGCCAACGACCCUGCGUCUGUGUGGAAAGGCCUUAAAGACAUCACCAACGACAAGCCACCAUCCCCCAAUUUGGCAGGCAAUCAACACCUGGUCAAUGAUCUGAAUGACUUUUACUGCAGAUUUGAAAAUGCUAACUUUACACCUCACACCAACUCUGACAUUCUCUCUACACAACACCUAUCACCUUCAGUCACCCCACCUCCUGCACUUCAGAUCAGUGAAGAGGACAUGUGCCGAGUCUUUAAGAAACAAUCCCCAGAUAUACUUUAAGUAUAUCUGGGGAGAUACCCAGAUGGUAUCUCCCCAGCCUGUCUUAAAAGCUGUGCUAUUCAACUGGCCUUCAUCUUCUCACAGAUCUUCAAUAGAUCACUGGAGCUGUGCACAGUUCCUUCCUGUUUCAAGCGCUCCACCACAAUCCCCAUCCCAAAGAAACCCAAAAUCACAGGACUGAAUGACUACAGACCCGUCGCUCUCACAUCUGUGGUCAUGAAGUCAUUCGAGAGACUGGUACUGGCUUAUCUGAAGGACAUCACAGAACCCUUACUGGACCCCCUGCAGUUUGCCUACAGAGCAAACAGGUCUGUUGAGGAUGCAGUUAACAUGGGGCUGCAUUUUGUCCUGAAACAUCUGGAUAGACCAGGGACCUAUGUGAGGAUCCUGUUUGUGGACUUCAGCUCCGCUUUCAACACCAUCAUCCCAUCACUGCUCCAGACAAAGUUAACCCAGCUAUCUGUUCCUGGCUGUUACCUAUCUGUCAGUGGAUCACCAGCUUUCUGACAGACAGGCAGCAGUUAGUGAGAAUGGGGAAACUCACAUCCAGCACCCGCACAAUCAGCACUGGCGCCCCCCAGGGGUGCGUUCUCUCCCCACUGCUCUUCUCCCUGUACACAAAUGACUGCACUGCCCAGGACCCUUCUGUCAGACUUCUGAAGUUCGCAGACGACACCACACUCAUUGGCCUCAUCCAGGAUGGUGAUGAGUCUGCGUACAGACAGGAGGCUGAGCAGCUGGCUGUCUGGUGCAGUCAUAACAACUCGGAGCUGAACACACUUAAAACAGUGGAGACGAUUGUGGACUUCAGGAGAAACCCCCCUGCACUCCCCCCUCUCACCAUCAUGAACAGCACUGUGGCAGCAGUGGAGUCAUUCAGGUUCCUGGGCACCACCAUCUCUCAGGACCUGAAGUGGGACAAUCACAUUGGCUCCAUUGCUAAAAAAGCCCAGCUGAGGUUGUGCUUCUUACAUCAGCUGAAGAAGUUCAACCGACCACAAACUCUAUUAAAAUAGUUUUACUCAGCUGUCAUAGAGUCUGUCCUCUGCACAUCCAUCACUGUCUGGUUUGGCUCAGCCACGAAGUCAGACAUCAGAAGACUACAGAGGACGGUUGGGACUGCUGAGAAGAUCAUUGGUGCUCCCCUGCCCACCCUCCAAGAACUCUAUACAUCCAGAGUGAGGACAAGGGCUCAGAACAUCACCCUGGACCUCUCACAUCCAAGCCAUCAUCUCUUCACAAUGCUGCAGAGCACUGAGCACCAAAACAACCAGACACAAAAACAGCUUCUUCCCUCAGGACAUCUACCUCUUCAACAGUUCAAUGUUUUUACACACCGUGCAAUUAAUAACUCUGUGCAAUAAUAAUUAACUGCAAUAUUAAUGAUUAAUAAUUGACUUUUUCUGUCAAUUAUAUUUCAUUCAUUCUGCUGUAUA